AUGAGUCUCGUCCAAGCACGUCAUCAUUUACUUUAUUCUCCUGAAACUUAUCAUGCCAAUAGACAAAUUGCCUGUGUAGAUUCCAUAUUAAAACAGAUUUUUAAGCAGUUGCCAGCGAAGAAUAAGCAAAUGGUUUUCACGCUACCCGGCAUAAGUAGGCGAAACUUAUGCGUCCCGGGUUUCUUUGUUCGUGAAAUUCUGGAAAAAUUCGACCCUCACCCAGAAACUCAAAUACCUUUGGAGUUGCCUCAGCGAUUUCCUGUUCGAGAAAAAGUUGGUGGUGAACGUAUGCUAAGGAUUCGAAGGCACAAAAUGAGGAAACACAAACGUCGGAAACGCUUCGAUCGAGAUUAUUUUAAAUACCAGAAAUACCAUCGACAGAAGAAAGCAAAAGCUGAAAAUUUGUUCAAAAAUCGCAUGUCCAAAAUCAUUGAAGGAUAUAGAGCAUUUGAUCCAGAAAAAUAUAUAAAAGAUAUUAUUGCCCGUGCUAAACAGGAUGUAACGAAAGAUGUAGCGCCAAGUGGUCGACGCAAAUAUCCGCACUGGUCUACACUGGUUACUCUGGAAGAGCUUUAUGGAUUACCUUCUACUGAUUACAUUGAUAAGAAAGCUGGAUUAGUUGGAGAAGACGAUCGUGACAAAAUCAGACUAUUGAAAAAUGAAUAUGAUGAAAAGUAUCGCGGAUUUCUUUGUCAAGUCAUACCUGAUAAAAAAAACCCUUGGAAAUCUGAAGAAAAUAGAAAGCCUUCAAAUGGUCCAAAGAAGAUUACUGAUGAUAGCCAGACAAAAACAAAAAAGGAGUGA